AUGCCAUCACAUCCCAUAUUAAAAAAGCUGGGUGGAGUAAAAACCAUCUUUGGAGGUCUUGAGAUCCCUCUGGACACUGUUGAAGUCAAGAAACCAUACCCAAAGUUAGCAGUCAAGGUUGGAGGUGCCAUUGGAUACGCGUUUUUUACUUUCAUAUGGAAUCCAAUCGUCUACACCUUCCGGUUCCUUUCUCGCCACACAAACCUGACCGAGUGGAUCAUAUUCUCUAUGGUGGUUGGUAUUCUCAUCGGAAACUUUGCUCCUGACUUUGGUGUUCAGCUCAAACCACUCGGAACUGCCUUUAUCAACAUGAUUACUACCAUCGAAACUCCUCUGAUCUUCUCCACUCUUGUGGUCGGUAUUGCUGGCCAUGGUGAUGAUGUAGGAAAGGUCGGAAGACUGGCGGUCAAGUCUAUUAUUUAUUUUGAGGUCAUUACUACAUUUGCUCUUGCCGUUGGACUUAUUAUGGCAAAUUUGCUUAAACCUGGGUCUGGUGUUACACUUGUCGGUGAUGCAGGCGUUGGUGCAGAGUACGCCGAAAAACAAAGUGGUAUCUCUUGGGAGACAGAAUUGAACUUGAUUAUUCCAAAGAACUUUUUUGUUGCCGCUUACGAGAACAAAAUCCUUUCGAUUGUGUUUUGCGCCGCCAUGUUUUCAUGCGCCAUGAUGCUUGCUGACAAGAAAUCAAAGGCAGUCAUGCUUCAAGUUAAUCACAGUCUAUCUAUGGUUAUGUUCAAGUUUGUGGGUCUUGUAAUGAAUUAUGCUCCUAUCGGUAAGACCAGUUUUCCUUUUUUGUGGCCAGAAAACCGCUUGGAUCAAGAUUCGCUGAGUAUUGGGGCUGGCUUAGCUGCCACCGUGGGUACAAGUGGAAUUGAAGUUCUCAGGAAUCUUGGAAAGCUGAUCGGCUCACUAUAUGCUGCACUUGUUAUUUUUGUAAUUGUGAUCCUGCUUCCGGUCAUGUUUAUGGCACGAGUGCCUAUACUCGGAUUCUUUAGAGCCAUAGGCCAACCCUGGCUGAUUGCUUUUAGUUCAGCAUCAAGCGAAUCAGCUCUUCCAAAGGCUAUGGAGCGUAUGCGCCAGUUUGGAUGCCCUAACUCUCUCACCGCAUUUGUAAUCCCAUGUGGAUACUCUUUCAAUCUCGAUGGUAGCACAUUGUAUCUUGCUUUGGCUAGUAUUUUUGCAGCACAGGCUGGCGGUAUGAAUUUGCCAAUAGGAACCCAACUCAGUAUCAUGGGAACUCUCAUGUUGUCUUCCAAGGGUGUAGCUGCUAUUCCGCGCGCGUCUCUGAUCGUACUUGCCGGCACAUUAUCCCAAUAUAAUCUACCUGAACAGGCAAUUCCAAUGAUUAUGGGAGUCGACGCUCUAAUGGAUAUGGGUCGUACUUCUAUUAACGUACUCGGUAACUGCCUUGGUUGCUGCGUAAUGUCUCGUGUCGAAGGCUCUUUCCGUGGCGAUGUAUGGAAAGAAGAAGAAGCAGAUCGUAGACAAGAAGCUAUGGACGCUGUUGCAGCUGCUGAAGCCAAGGAGAAUGGAAGCAUCAACUCUGGCCGGUCCCAAGUUGAUGAGGAACUCAAAGACAUUGUUGUUCAUACUGAAAAGGCAACCAGCAGCACAAAUCAUCAAAGCAAUCAUGGAAUUGAUGUUUUUGAAUACGAGAGUCCAAAACCCAAGCAUUAA